GGGGUGGGGCCGGAAGUAGUGGCGGCUCGGCCGAAUUCGGCGGCGCCACGUCUGGCUUGGGGCUCCUCUCCCUGCCCGGGGCGGUGGCGGCGGGAGCAGAGCGGACGGAUAUUUGUUAGUCUCUCAGCGUCUGGUUCGUAGCGAGGCUUCGGCGGUGACCGAGCGCGGCAGCGGCGACAUGUCGGACCUUGGGGACUGGUUCCGGAGCAUCCCGUUGAUCACCCGUUACUGGUUCGCCGGUUCCAUCGCGGUGCCGUUGAUCGGCAAGCUGGGCCUCGUCAGCCCCGUCUACCUCUUCCUCUGGCCCGACGCCUUCAUCAAUCGCUUCCAGAUCUGGCGGCCCAUAACCGCAACUUUCUUCUUCCCAGUGGGACCUGGAACAGGAUUUCUCUACUUGGUGAAUUUGUAUUUCUUGUAUCAAUAUUCAUCGCGAUUAGAAACAGGGGCUUUUGAUGGAAGGCCAGCAGAUUACAUGUUUAUGCUCCUGUUUAACUGGAUCUGCAUUGUUAUAACUGGCUUGGCAAUGGAUAUGCAGUUGCUGAUGAUUCCACUCAUCAUGUCAGUACUUUAUGUGUGGGCCCAGCUGAACAGAGACAUGAUUGUGUCAUUUUGGUUUGGAACAAGAUUUAAGGCUUGUUACCUUCCAUGGGUUAUUCUGGGUUUCAACUACAUCAUUGGUGGAUCAGUCAUCAAUGAGCUAAUAGGAAAUCUGGUUGGACAUCUGUAUUUCUUCUUGAUGUUUAAAUAUCCAAUGGAUUUGGGAGGGAGGAAUUUUCUGUCCACACCUCAGUUCCUGUACCGCUGGCUGCCAAAUAGGAGAGGAGGAGUGUCAGGGUUUGGUAUUCCACCUGCUAGCAUGAGAAGAGCUGCAGAAGAUCAGCAGGGUGGUGGAAGACACAACUGGGGUCAAGGUUUCCGGCUAGGUGACCAGUGAAGAACUCCUGCACUUGGAAAACAGCAACUUUGGUUUUAAUUGGGCGUAGGACUGACCCUUCCUGGUGCAGAGCAUGCUUAAGAACUGAACUCUCUGUUGGAUUUAACUGAUUAGAAAGAAUGUUUCUGGUCCAAGAGAAAGUUAAGAACUCCAGAAGGGAAAAAUGUAGGUCUUGCUCCAGGUUAGCCAGUAGUGUCCAAUUUGAUUCUGCCAUUAAAAAAAGCCUUCUUUACACAGUAUUGUCUGUCACAACAGGCAUUCAUUAUGCCCUCUUGUUCCCUGAUGUGGUGGAGCAAGCUAAUGGUGUUCUGUCUUGCCUGGUAUGUUAAAAGCUUCAUUAACUGUGGUAAGGUAAGAAUCCAGUGUAAGGCAAAUGGAUCAAACUAAUCCCAGAGACUUGAAGACAACUUUUUCUGUAGCUGUGCUUUAGUCUCAAGGUCUUUGGAAGCAUUAAGUGAUCUCUGCUGCAUUCAUCAAAGUGCAAACAUUUUAAUUUCCGUUAUUACACUGUGUUUUGAGGAGAGUUUUUUCUUGCCAUGCAGCAUUUGUCCUACCUGCUACAGCAUGGGUUGGGCAAGACUAAAGGUAAGAGGGUUUUUGUUUGAAAUGGCAAUAACAGAUACUCACAGAAUUGAAAUCUCUGUAAAUGGCAUGAUAUGAGGCUUGCUCUUUUAAACUGAAAUAAUAUGGCUUUUUUCCCCCUGAGAUGUGUGAAUUCUCUUGGCUUCAAGGUUUUGUCUUUUGAUUUCAAAAUUGAGUAGCACAAAUACUACUUAAACUAGAGAAUGUAACAUAUCAUCAUGGUUAAUGUAAAGGGUACUGACUGCAGCAUUAUAUUUAACUGAAUCUUAAACUUCCUCUUAAAAGCUUUAAGACAUCAAAAGAAUCAAAGCUGGAAAGAAACUCUUCCAGGGUCAAGAUAUAAUAGAGAAGAUUGCUUUGCUACAGAACUUUAAUUGUCAAAUAAGAUAUCAUGUUCACUGUUUCUUAGUAUCUGUACUUGUUUGGUAAAACUUUUUUUUUUUACAUGGAAAGGGAAUGAUUCUGUACAGUAGUUUUCCUCAUACGGGUUCCUGUGGGCAGAGCACAGGGCAAAGAUCUAGGAAGCUGUUUCUAGCUUGUUACUGACUCACCACAUGGGCUUGAGCAAACUUCUUACUGUCUCAGUUUUCCCAGCUGUAAGGAGGACUCAUGCAUGUCUCUUCAUUCUUAAAAGGUAACUUCCCUCACUCCCCUAGGUGGGAGCUGCUAGUGAGCAAGGUAGGAUGUAGGUUCACAUUAAUGACAACACUUAAGCUGGGAAUGCAAUUACUCUAAGCUUAACUAAGACUUGUAUGCUGGAGUAUCACAGAAUUGUGGAAUGUUUUGUGUUGGAAGGGACCUUUGAAGGUCAUCUAGUCCAACGCUCCUGCAGUAGGCACAUACAUCUUCAAAAAGUUGCUCAGAGCCCUGUCCAGCUUUACCUUGAACAUUUCCAGGGAUGUGGCUUCUAUCACCUGUCUGGGCAACCUGUGCCAAUGUUUCACCACCCUCUUCAUAAGAAAAAUCCGUCCUUAUGUCUAGUCUAAACUAUAGUUGCUCACUUUUUGUUUUGUAGUUGGAAGAAGAACAUUGUCACUAGGACAAGAUUCAAGUCUCUGACUAAAUUCUCCUGUAGCAUUUGUCUGUCUUUCUGCUGGGUAGGUAGUGCACAGAAAGCCGUUCUGGCCCAGCUUGGGUAUCUCAGGUAUCUAUAAGUAGGUAAAGUGAAUCUGGGCCAAAACAUUUUUAUUUCUCUUUUUUCUUCACUAAACCCAGAUUCUGAAGGUUUGAAAACAUGUAAAUGCUACAUGAUGUGAAAGUGAGUGGAAAAUAAGCAGUCGGACUGAAAGUUCUCAGUUGGCUUGCUUGAAAAAAGUGCACGAUCCAUUUCUUCACUGCAACUCAAUUUGGCUUGUGGAAAAAUGUAGAAAACUGGUAAUGGUCAUAUUGUGUGCUUAGGUUUUACAGAAACCUGGAAUUCAAACAUCACCUGCCUUUUUUAUCUAUUCAGUGAUGAGUUUUAAAGAUGCUUUUGUCUCUCUAUAGAACAGUAGGUAGCAAUGAGAACGGCAGUGUUGUAAAUAGUAAUCUGUCAUUGACCAACAGCUGCUCUUUGAUGUUAACUUGAAAAAGUCUGAAAACUGUCAUUUUUAUAGGAGUCAUGAUGCAGCUGGUCUUCUAAUCAUGUCUCUCCAAAGCAUUUGUCUUCAUUUUGAGGCAGAACUUUUAAGCGAAGAUGUCACUCAGCCAAUACCCUUGCACACUCAAAUACAGGAAAUCUUCGUACAGAUCCUUCUUCUCUAAAUUAAGAGGAAAAGAUUUGCAAGGCAAGUAGACUUCUGAUAAGUCUUGAUUCAUUUUUGAGCUGCUUCAGGUCUAUUUACUGUGGUUUGAAAAUUCACUUCAGAAUUCCAUUUUAGGAGCUCAGUUGUUCGUUUCUCACUUGCCACUUGACCUGAAGCAGUGUUUGUCUUUCAGCAUACGUUGACAAUGGCAGUCUCUCGUUAAAUGAGUACCUCCUUUCUUACUUUGUACAGAUAACUUCCCUUUUUGUAAUCAAUUUUUGUUGGAAAAGUUUUAAAUUAAAGUUUUAAUCUCUG